GCCUCCCUCCUCUGCUCUCCGCGCUGCGCUGCGCUGUCACGCGUUACUACCAACAGGGAGGAAGUUACUGAGAUUGGAAAAGGAAACAACAACUCGUCAAAACUGUACCAAACUAAAGCGAGGACGGAGGAGAAGCGGAACAAGAGCACCUCCACAACGAGGACAUGGAGUAGAGGCGGCGGCGGCUCGCAGCACAUGGACGCGGUGAGAAGUUUGCUGUUUGUCGGGGCCGCGCUGCUGCUCCUGCUCGGAGCGACAGGCGCGCGGGGCAGAGAAGUAUGCCUGGGUACAGAUAUGAAGCUGGCCCUGCCCUCCAGCCUGGAGAACCACUACGAGACCCUGAGGCUGCUGUACACUGGCUGCCAGGUCGUCCAUGGCAACCUGGAGAUUACACACCUUCAUGGAAACCCGGACCUGUCCUUCCUACAGGGCAUUGUGGAGGUGCAGGGUUACGUGUUUGUGUCUCACGUGUCGGUGAGUGCGGUGCCUCUGGACAACCUCCGCAUCAUCCGAGGCAGCCAGCUCUACAACUCCAGCUAUGCACUGGCCGUGAUGGACAACACUCUGAGCGGUCAGGGGCUCAGGACUCUGCGGCUGCGUAGCCUCACAGAGAUCCUCUCGGGGGGCGUGUACAUUUGGGGAAACCCGCAGCUGUGCUUCCCUGACCCUCACAACAUCAUUUGGAGAGACAAGCUGAAUGAGAAGAACGUGCAGGAGAGGCAGUACCAUCUGCAGCCUCGGGCGUCUCAAUGUCCACCUUGUUCCCCUGCAUGUGGGAAAAGCUGCUGGGGAGAGACUGCACAGGACUGCCAGAGCUUGACGCGCGUUAAAUGUGCGUCGGGCUGUCAGAGGUGCAAAGGUCCGCUGCCCAAUGACUGCUGCCACAUGCAGUGUGCUGCUGGAUGCACGGGACCCAAAGACUCCGACUGUCUGGCGUGUCAUCACUUCAACGACAGCGGUGUCUGCAAAGACAACUGUCCUCUACCAACCAUCUAUGACCCCAUCACGUUUCAGACCAAACCCAACCCAAACAGGAAGUUUAACUUUGGAGCCACGUGUGUCAAGACGUGUCCUUAUAACUACCUGGCUAUAGAUAUGGCCUGCACUUUGAAUUGUCCCGUCGCCAACCAGGAAGUUAUCAUCAGCCAUCCUGAUGGAAGUGAGACACAGAAGUGUGAGAAAUGUGACAACUGUCACAAAGUGUGUUAUGGUCUGGGCAUGGAUAACCUUGGCAUCAUGGACAACCACGGCAUUACUAUGGUAACGUCCUCUAACGUGGAUCAGUUCAACAAGUGUAAGAAGAUCUUCGGUAGUCUGGCCUUCCUCCCACAGAGCUUUGCAAGGGAUCAUGUGACUAACACGUCCGCUCUAACUCUGGAGCAGCUGAACUCCUUCAGAAACCUGGAGGAGAUCACAGGUUAUUUGUACAUUGAUGCGUGGCCUGAAGACUGGACUGAUCUCAGUGUGUUUGAGAACCUGAAGGUGAUUCGAGGCCGGUCGCUCUACAAGGGUGUGUUCUCUCUUGCCAUCCAAAACGUACACAUCCAGUCUCUGGGGUUGCGUUCACUCCGCAGCGUCAGUGGAGGUUUGGUUCUGUUGCACAACAAUUCCAAGCUGUGCUACACCGACUCACUGCCCUGGGACACUCUGCUGCAUCCCACCCAGGGACCGCACCUCAUCGUCAACCACAACCAGGACGCCUCAGUCUGUGAGGCAGAGGGACGCGUCUGUCACCCGCUGUGUGAAGGGGGCUGUUGGGGUCCGGGGCCCAGCCAGUGUGUGUCCUGCAAAGCUUUCCGACGAGGCACGGAGUGUGUGGAGCAGUGUGACAUCUACCACGGGUCUGUGCGUGAAUACACGGAAGGAUCGUUGUGUGUGGCCUGUCAUGCAGAGUGUCAACCUCUCAAUGGCUCCGCCUCCUGUAACGGCCCGGGUGCAGAGCACUGCACAGAGUGUCGUAACUUCCAGGACGGGGAGUUGUGUGUGGAUCACUGUCCCAGUGGUGUGAAGGAGGAUCAGCACACUGUGUGGAAGUACAGCAAUGCAACAGGACACUGUCUGCCCUGCAACGCCAACUGCUCACUGUCCUGCACGGUGAUGGAUGACAGAGGCUGUCCCAUCGACAACAGGACAGGGCCGGGGACGACCAUCGCAGCUGCCGUGGGUGGAGUGGUGCUCUUCUUUAUCCUGCUAGCGCUGCUGGUGUUUUACCUGAGGAGGCAGAAGAAGCUGAAGAGGAAGGAAACCAUGAGGAGGAUCCUGCAGGAGCAUGAGCUGGUGGAGCCUCUAACACCGAGUGGUGCGUCACCCAAUCAGGCUCAGAUGAGAAUCCUGAAGGAGACGGAGCUGAAAAAACUGCGAGUCUUGGGUGCAGGAGCCUUUGGUACCGUUUACAAGGGAGUGUGGGCUCCUGAUGGAGAGCAUGUGAAGAUACAGGUGGCUAUCAAGGUGUUGAGAGAGAACACGUCGCCCAAGGCCAACAAAGAGAUCCUCGAUGAGGCGUACGUGAUGGCGGGCGUGGCCAGUCCUUAUGUGUGUCGUCUGCUGGGAAUCUGUCUGACCUCCACCGUGCAGCUGGUCACUCAGCUGAUGCCGUACGGCUGCCUGCUGGACUACGUCAGGGAGAACAAGGACCGCAUCGGCUCCCAGUCCCUGCUCAACUGGUGUGUCCAGAUCGCAAAGGGCAUGAGUUAUCUGGAGGAGGUCCGGCUGGUCCACAGAGAUCUAGCAGCUCGUAACGUCCUCGUGAAGAACCCCAACCACGUGAAGAUCACGGACUUCGGCCUAGCCCGCCUGCUCGACAUCGAUGAGACCGAGUAUCACGCCGAUGGAGGGAAAGUGCCAAUUAAAUGGAUGGCUCUGGAGUCGAUUCUGCACAGAAAGUUCACUCAUCAGAGCGACGUGUGGAGCUAUGGGGUGACCGUGUGGGAGCUGAUGACGUUCGGUGCAAAGCCGUACGACAUGAUCCCAGCGAGGGAAAUUCCAGAAGUCUUAGAGGGAGGAGAGCGACUUCCUCAGCCGCUCAUCUGCACCAUCGACGUCUACAUGAUCAUGGUCAAAUGUUGGAUGAUUGAUCCAGAGAGCAGACCCAAGUUCAAAAACCUGGUGAAUGAUUUCAGUGCCAUGGCCAGGGAUCCUCCACGCUACGUGGUCAUUCAGAAUGAUGAGCAGAUGAGCAUGUCCAGCCCUGUGGACAGCCAGUUCUUCCGCACACUAAUGGAAGAGGAGGGGAACAACAUGAGGGAACUGCUGGAUGCUGAGGAGUAUCUGGUUCCUCAGCCAAACCUCUUUCCCAGGACUCAGGGAGAUGGACUUCAGUCCAACGGGCCGUCCAGACACCAGUCAUAUAGAAGCAGAGAUCAGGGCUUAGACGUGGACCCCUCCAUCACAGGUGGCCCUCGGAGCAUGUACUCCUCCCUGAGCACCCUGAGCCGCGGACAGUACCCCACCCUGCCACUAGGAGCCAGCCCCUCCAACGGCCUGUGGACUCCCCAGUACCCGACUCUGGCUCGCAGCCCCUCGACUGGCGGUCAGUCUGACACCGUCUUCCUCGACGGAGAUCCCGACGACCCCUCGCUGCCCCCGGCCAGUCCUGGACGCUACUGCAAAGACCCCACGAACCCCGGCGGGAGCCAAGGAGACCUGGAGACAGACGGGCCCAAUGGUUUUCAUUAUCCUCCUCACCUUCAUCACUCACUGCCCAGGCGGAGUCAGGGCUACAUUCACAAUCAUGUGUUGCCAGAGUACGUCAACCAGGAGGUCCAGGACUUCCGACCGGAGCGACCCAGUACGCUGCCUCGCAAAGGCCGAAUAGAGCGACGCCUCCCCAACGGCCUGAGCACCGGGCACAGCGUGGAGAACCCCGGAUACUUGGUCCCUGUGAGCUCCGGAAACUCCACCUCUCCGGCAUUUGACAACCCGUACUAUCUGGACCUUGUGGCCAAAGCUGUGGUCAACGAGGGGUCUCUGCAGAGGGACGGACAAGUGCCUCGGCAUAUGAACGGGUUUGUGACGACCACAGCAGAAAAUCCAGAGUAUCUGGGACUAGCAGACACCUGGAGUGGACAUACUUGAGGCUGAGGAGAGGGAUUGGGAGUAACCUGAUGAACUCAAGAGAAAUCACAUGUGAUAUUCUACUGAGAGGAGGAGGAGGAGCAGGAGCAGGAGCAGGAGGACGGACGGACGGAUGGACGGAUGAAUCUUCUGAAGCAGCUGAGGAUGUUUGGCUGAAAUCAUCACAACUCUCCAUGAUAUGUAACACUGUUCUCUUCCUCUCUGCUCAGUGCCUCUGUAAAUAAGCCAGUAAGAGUUCAACAUGGUACGAGAAGGGGCCAUUGUCAUUUUCUCUUAAUGUUUCUAAUAUCUGUGCUCGUUUCUGCAUGUAUGUAUAU